CUACUAGUGACAGGGGAGGCACGUGACCAGGGAGCCGGCGGAUGACAACAAUGUUGCGCAAAGGAUUGUGGGAAACUUGAAGAACCAGAAGGGAGGAGGAUCCAGAUCUGCCCCAGGAAGGGAAGCCGCUUCACCUUACCCCGUCGGAGAGCAUGUCUGUAAUGAUGUACCCACGGGAAGAGAAGUUGGACAAACUGUCCCAGGAGGAAAUUAUCUCCAACACAAAGCUGGUGAUGCAGGGCUUGGAGGCUCUUCGCAAUGAGCACAACUCCAUCUUGCACAGCCUUCUGGAGACCAUCAAGUGUCUGAAAAAGGAUGAAGAGGCCAACCUGGUGCACGAGAAGUCUAGCCUCCUGCGCAAAUCCGUGGAAAUGAUUGAACUUGGCCUUGGAGAGGCGCAGCUAAUGAUGGCACUAUCCAAUCACCUGACUGCAGUGGAGUCAGAAAAGCAGAAGCUGAGGGCACAGGUCAGGCGCUUGUGCCAGGAGAACCAGUGGCUACGAGAUGAACUGGCCAACACUCAGCAAAAGCUACAGCACAGUGAACAAAAUGUGGCCCAACUGGAGGAGGAGAAGAAACACCUGGAGUUCAUGAACCAACUUAAGAAGUAUGAUGAGGAUGUCUCGCCUACGGAGGAGAAGGAGGGUGAUUCUGCCAAAGACAACCUGGAUGAGCUGUUUCCUAAUGAAGAGGAUGAUUCCGGACAAGGAAUUCCUCACCAGCAUGGCAGUGCAGCAGCAGCCGCAGCCCAGCAGGGCGGAUAUGAAAUCCCGGCCCGACUACGCACGCUACACAAUCUAGUGAUACAGUAUGCAUCUCAGGGCCGCUAUGAAGUGGCCGUACCACUCUGCAAGCAAGCGCUGGAGGACCUGGAGAAAACCUCUGGCCAUGACCAUCCUGAUGUGGCAACUAUGCUAAACAUCCUGGCUCUGGUGUACAGGGACCAGAACAAAUACAAGGAGGCUGCUCAUCUUCUGAAUGAUGCCCUGUCCAUAAGGGAGAAAACUCUUGGCAAGGACCACCCAGCUGUUGCUGCAACUCUCAAUAAUCUGGCUGUUCUUUAUGGCAAAAGAGGCAAAUACCGAGAAGCAGAACCACUGUGUAAGCGAGCACUUGAGAUAAGAGAAAAGGUGCUGGGAAAGGAUCACCCUGAUGUUGCAAAGCAGCUGAAUAACUUGGCACUUCUUUGUCAGAACCAAGGAAAAUAUGAUGAAGUGGAAUAUUAUUACUGUAGAGCUCUUGAGAUCUAUCAGGCUCGCCUUGGUCCCGAUGACCCAAAUGUUGCCAAGACCAAGAAUAAUCUAGCCUCCUGUUACCUGAAGCAGGGGAAGUACAAGGCGGCGGAGCAGCUGUACAAGGAUAUUCUCACUCAAGCUCAUGUCAAGGAGUUUGGCUCUGUGGAUGAUGAUCACAAGCCAAUCUGGAUGCAUGCAGAGGAGAGGGAGGAGAUGAGUAAGACUCCACACAAUGACAGCACCCCCUACUCUGAAUAUGGAGGCUGGUACAAAGCGUGCCGAGUGAACAGCCCCACAGUGAACACAACACUACGCAACCUUGGAGCUCUGUAUCGCCGGCAGGGCAAGCUGGAAGCGGCUGAAACUUUGGAGGAAUGUGCCCAGCGCUCUCGCAGACAGGGUCUGGAUCCAGCCAAUCAGACAAAGGUGGCUCAGCUGCUGAAAGAGGGUGACACCCCUGAGCAGCGACGGAAGGGGCGUGAAACCCCCCGGAGUAGUGUGAAGUAUGAGAGUGGAACGGAGGGGGGAGAAGAAGUGAGUAUGGGAGGAGUUGAGUGGAGUGGGGACGGCAGCGGGAUGCUAAGGCGCUCUGGUUCUCUUGGAAAGAUCCGCGAUGUUCUGCGCAGAAGCAGUGAGAUGUUAGUGAAGAAACUGCAAGGAGCAGCUCCGGCAGAACCUCGUAGCACAAAUAUGAAGAGAGCAGCUUCCCUCAACUAUCUCAACAAGUCCAGCGAUGAGACCUUCCAGGUUUCUCAGAAUCUUCUGUCCGAGACCCGUGGGCUGAGCGCCAGCAAUAUAGACUUGUCGUCCCACAGCUAAAGAAAACUUUCUGCACCCAAUGACCCUUUGACCCAAACACUAACAAAGACUCCCUAGUAGGACCGGCCAUUCCGCACUGACCUAAAGGAAUCACCCUUCAAUUCUCAUCCUUUAUUUACUCUUGAAUUCCCACAUCCCAAAACUACAAAUGAGCACUGACACCUCCUACAACUUGGGAAAAGUCACACCACAAGGCACUAGGACGCACCUGGGGACAACACAUAAGCUUUCAUGGACAUUAAUAGGGGUGCACUACCACCCCUAGCACCAGUAGGAGAGCACUACUACCCCAGGCACGAAUACUAGAGCCCUGUACCCAUGGCAUUAUUACGUAACGGUACCAACCCAUUUCCUGUCGGUGUCAGUAGGAGGGCAAUGCAAUGCUACACAACUUAUUUAAUUUUUUUUACAGAUCCAAUGGCUCUUCCUAUAACCUCAGCCAUUCCUUAUAAUGGUACCAGCCCAUUUGAUGGCUCCAAAAGGAGAGCGCCAUCACCCCCAGCCACCACAUUACUGCAUUACAGUAGCAACUCACGGGAUGGUACAUUGGCACCAAUGGGGAGCACUACAGGCACCUUAUUAUUUUUGGAUAGUUACAGAAGCAUAUGCAAGGAUUUUAGCGCUUUCCCUGCCCAAUGUUUAUAGGUUAAAUUUAGGAUUGUUGCAUUUGGACUGUACCCCUGCAUUUACUGGAUGUCACAGACAUCUAGAAUUAUGGAAACUAAGGCCACACUGGGGGACCCCCUAUAUUUAAAGGCUGAUUAUAUGAUGACAUUUGGAGGACACCAGUUGGCAAUGCUAUAAGGACUGAGAAAGUUAUUUGGGGGCCCUCCAGGCACUGGUUUCCUUCCCGCUAUGAUUUCUGUACCUAUUAGGAACCAAAAACACUCCAUUUGCUUCCUCUGAACUCUCCAGUGUCCAACCUUUUUUGUGACCCCUCUAACCCCAUUCUCAGCAAUCGGCAUGAGAGCACCUAACUCCCCCCCCCCCACGCAGUGCGUGCAUGAUAGUAGAGUCUGCCCUGUAGGACCAUUAGAUUCAGUAGAAGCCAAACGCUAUGCACCCCUCCUGGAAUGUGGCUUCUCUUCAGUAAAGCCUUGUACCCAUGUGUACUGCUGUCCUGCCCCCCUGAAACAAGCCUUACAGAUGUGGGGUUCCCCAUGCUCUCUCUGCCUUCUUGUAAUGCCCCAUCCUGCUUCCCCCAAUGUCUUGUUGCUGUAUCCUGCUGCAGCUUUGUUCUAGUGUGGCAACUAUAGGGGGCAUUUUUAUUCUGUCUACCAAUCAUAGCCCUUUGUCUGCCCCCCACCCCGCGACAUUGUUCUGAUUUUAUCUGUCUAUAAGAAGCUAUCUCAGGAAAAUAAAGAUUCUCACAAAUGUGA